AUGUGCCGCCGCCACUGCUGCCCGUUCGAGGCGUCCGGGGGUCCCCGGCGCCUGAUGCGCGGGGGGCUGGCCCUCAUCCUGCUGGGCCACGUCAACCUGCUGCUGGGCGCCGUGGUCCACGGCUCCGUCCUCCGCCACCUGGCCAACCCCGCCGGCACCGUCACCCCCGAGUACACCGUGGCCAACCUCAUCUCCGUCGGCUCCGGCCUGCUGAGCGUCUCCGUGGGAAUCGCCGCCAUCCUGGCCUCCCGGAACCUGCUGGCCGCCGGCCUGCACUGGGUACUGCUAGCCGGGUCCCUGCUGAACCUGCUGCUGUCCGCUGCCUGCUCGCUCGGCCUCCUCCUCGCCGUCUCGCUGACCGUGGCCAACGGCGGCCGUCGCCUCAUCUCCGGCUGCGGCCCGACCCCCCCGGGACACGACACCCCUUCGGCCCGGGACUUCCAGGGCGCGGACUGUCCCUUCGAUACCACCCGCAUUUACGAUACGGCCCUGACCCUCUGGCUCCCUUCCAUGGUCAUGGCCGCAGCUGAGGCCGUUCUCUCCGGCCGCUGCUGCGUAGCUGCCCUGGCCCUGCGUGGGGUCGGACCCUUCGGGGAGGAAGGACUCCGGGAGAAGCUGGCCGAGCUGGGAGACGCGGACUCCUCUGAGGUGAAGAAGAAACUUGGAUGCCAGGAGGAGAGUUCACAGCUUUUAAUGCAGGAAAUUAGGGAAAGCCGGGCCUAAGUUAGGUGAGGGCAGAGAGAAAGACUGAUUAUGUGAAUAACUUAAUGGAGAGGGGGGAACCCCCCCCGCCCCAAGUUUUCCUCUACGCCUCUCCCCCCACUCCCUUUGGCCUGCUUGUCUUCUCCAAGAAGGAAAGGCAGGCUAUUUUUUGUAUCAUCUUCCUCUUGUGCCCCAAGUGCCGCUCCCGGAGAUGUCGUCGUACAGAGGUCCCCUCGCUGGGACGCAAGUGCUCUUUCCCUACCCUCAGGAAGAGUCUGGAGAGCGGGCCCCGGCCCUAGUUCGUAAUGACUACAAUAAAAAGACCCGUCCUCCCUA